CCCCACCUGCCCGGCAGCCAGAGUCAACCCUCCUCGCCGCUGGUCGGCCGGACCAGACAUUCCGCCCCGUGCGCGGGCCCGGCACCGACAACAGCAUCGGGGCUGGGAUCUGGACCGAAAACGCAUUUUGGCGGGGCCCAGGCCUUGUCCGAGACCGAGACCCGGACCGGAGGGAGUGAUGACGAGAAGCAGGACUGGCGACUGGCCGAGCAGACGCUCUACAACCUCACCGAGGCUGGCCUGGCCCGUCGCAACAGAGAGCCUCACCAUGAGCCCCAUUUCAGCGGCCUCGUGGAUGCACGCACCCGAGCCGCCGAGCUGCAGGUCGCCAGGCCGCAGGGUUGCACAUUAUCGCCCCCAGCUCCGCAACACUCGGUGUUGGCCUUCUUGCCGAACUCCUGUUGCCCAGACGACGAUGACUUCCUCCUCGGCCAACUGAAGACCUGGAAGUCGCCGUCCGACUUCAGUCUGACGGAUCUUGACGUCGAGUCACCCAACUCCGACGAGACCGAACUCAGCCCCACGGGGCCCCUGGACGAGGCUGAGGACUUGUUCGUCGAAGACCGCCUUGACUGCAUGUCGCCGCCAACAGUCGAUGACUCUCUGCCCAACACCGAAGACAUGCUCACUUUCGCCGUUGCUCGUCGGCCGCCAGUCACCGCCGCCUUGUGUGACCGUGAAAGCACGCACUCCCUCUCCACUAUCACAGAGACGACGGAUGAAGAGACGGCCCUUCGAGAAGAUCGGCCUCCCAACGCCGAUCCCAAACACGACAUAAUCCACUCCAGCGUCAAGUCCGGCUCGCCGGCUCAUUUGCAGACUGACGGCCACUCAAGCCGUGCCUUCGUCUUUGCUGGUGCUGACGGCGGCGGCGGCCAUUAUCGAUCGGGCGACGGAGAGGCAAAUGCCUUUAAACGGCCUCUUGGGCUGACUGAGGCCGAACACAAGUCGAUCGAUACGUUCUCGCAGCUCUCCAGCGCCGGUGACUGGCCUUCAUUUGCUCCUCAGACCAGAGUGCACGGAUUGGCCGCACCUUGUCAGUCACUCAUCAACGCGGCAUAUCGGCCCAGCAAAGCUCAAACCAGCGAGGCGGCUGCCUGCAAAGCCUCUGUUGACGGCGGCGGACAAUAUCGAUCGGGCAGCCGAGAAGCAGACUUGGCACAAUCUGUUGGAACAGCUGGGGCUGAGCGCAAAUCACUCGUAGAUCGGCUCCCACAGCUCCACAGCGCCGGUGACUGGCGUUUAUUUACUCCUCAGGCCCGACCGCACAAAUUGGCUGCGUCUUGUCAAGCCCUCUUUAGCACCGCGUAUCGACCCGACCAAGAGCAGACGGACGAAUCAACGGUGAACGCGGCCUGCGGAGUUGUGGUGCAACUGCGACAAAAGCAACACCCUGCCAACGCCAGUCAAGGGAGGCUCAUAAGCCGACCCCUUUCCGAGGCGGUAGGUCUUGCCGAGACACAGCUCGCCAACAGACCCCUUUCAUGGAGCCUCUCGAAGGCGACUGAACUCGACGCCGUGACGACACCAGACGGUAGCAUCACAAACCACACUGCCUCUGGCAGAUCGGCGAGAUCCUCUUGGCAAUCGAUGUAUACGGCGCGCAGCCAAGACAGCCUGGCCAGCGAAGCUGAGUCAUACGUCACCGUGAGCAGUCAACUCCGGCCGGAUGACUGCAGUAGCCCCGAGGAGACGAGCAGAGAGGCCGAGUCUGCCACCUCACGACCCAGUGACUCAGACGUCUCCUGCGCCAUGACGCCUGACGGUGAGGAGGAGUCCAGUGAGCCGGAGAGCCCUGGGGGUGACGGAGAUUCCGAGGUAGGACGAAAGGGCGGACGCGAGAAUGGAACUCUUGUUCGUCGAGCGAUGCGCAUCAAGACUGACGAACUGGUGCCCUCCGCCUCACUUUUGGCUGACUUCAAGAAGGUGGCCGAAUUUGAAAUGCCAUUGUCGCCAAUCCGUCGCCAAGAGACCGAGGCCAGUGACAGAGAAUCCGGUUCAAGGGAACUGGCCAUUUCGAGUCUGGAGGCAACUAUUUUGGUUGAGAAGAUACUCUCAGAGUUGGAGAGCCUAUCCGAUGAGACUAGCAUUUCUGGAAAUACUGAUUCUAUAGGAGUUAAUCAGGAAAAGUCCCACACUCGUGUAGCUAAUGGAGUUCUGGUGGAUGAAAAGUCUGCGGAUUUAGCUGAACUUGCCAAGUCUGCUCUCGGAAGUAAUUACCAAAACGGUGAGUCUACUAUCUGA